CAACAUCAAUGACAAAGUCAACAUAACCCAACAUAACCUGUCGACGAUUGUUGUAACAGGUGAAUAAUAAAUUUACAAUAUUUAUAAACGUCAGUCUUACAUUGAGAUUUUGAUUAAUAAAUUUUUUAAAAGACAUUAAAAAUGUCGCCAAGUAUACUCAGAUAUCAAAAUAUGAAUAAAAUAAUAAGUCAGCUGAGAAGAGAAUUAAAUCGGUCCACAUCAAUUACAUUUCGACUAAAUGACUACAUUGCUCGAAAUUAUAGUCAGGAUGCUAAAUCUUAUCGUACUGAACGAGAUACUUUUGGAGAACUUAAAGUACCAUCGGAUAAAUAUUAUGGUGCACAAACGCUGAGAUCUGUGAUGAAUUUUCCGAUUGGUGAUAAAUCUGAACGUAUGCCAUAUAGAGUUAUUGUGGCAAUGGGAAUUUUAAAGAAAGCAGCAGCUGAAGUAAACAAAGAAUUCGGACUCGAUGCAAAAGUUGCCGACGCCAUCAGCAAAGCUGCAGAUGAUGUAAUCAGUGGCAAAUUGUAUGAAGAUCAUUUUCCCUUGGUGAUAUGGCAAACAGGAUCUGGAACUCAAACCAAUAUGAACACAAACGAAGUGAUUUCUAACCGUGCCAUUGAAAUUCUUGGUGGUGAAUUAGGCUCUAAGAAACCUGUACAUCCUAAUGACCAUGUAAACAUGUCACAGAGUUCCAAUGAUACAUUCCCUACAGCUAUGCACAUUGCCAUUGCCUUGGAGAUAAACCAAAUUUUACUUCCUGGAUUGAAACAACUUCAUGAGGCACUUAAAAGCAAAUCUGAAGCUUGGAAAGAUAUAAUUAAAAUUGGAAGAACACAUACUCAAGAUGCUGUCCCAUUAACGCUAGGUCAAGAAUUUUCAGGCUAUGCUACACAAGUUGAAUAUGGAAUUGCAAGAGUUAAAGAUACUCUUCCACGACUUUAUCAGCUUGCUUUGGGUGGUACUGCCGUAGGAACUGGACUUAAUACUAGAAAAGGAUUUGCAGAAAAAACUGCAGCAAAAAUUGCUUCUCUCACUGGCUAUCCUUUUGUUACUGCUCCAAAUAAAUUCGAAGCAUUGGCGGCACAUGAUGCUGUUGUUGAAGUUCAUGGUGCUCUCAAUACUGUUGCUGUAUCACUUAUGAAGAUUGCCAAUGACAUCAGAUUCUUAGGAAGUGGACCACGUUGCGGCCUUGGAGAACUAUCUCUUCCUGAAAAUGAGCCUGGAAGCUCAAUUAUGCCAGGAAAGGUAAAUCCAACUCAAUGUGAAGCACUUACCAUGGUCUGUGCUCAAGUGAUGGGUAAUCAUGUAGCUGCCAGUGUUGGUGGUAGUAAUGGACACUUUGAACUGAACGUCUUCAAACCUAUGAUGGUUGCCAAUGCUCUACGAUCAGCUAGAUUACUUGGAGAUGCUUCUGCUGCAUUUACGAAGAAUUGUGUUGUUGGCAUUCAAGCGAAUGUGGACAACAUUAAGAAGAUUAUGAAUGAAAGUUUGAUGCUAGUCACUGCCCUUAAUCCUCAUAUUGGAUAUGAUAAAGCCGCUGCAAUUGCUAAACAAGCUCACAAAGAAAAAUUGACUCUUAAGGAGUCUGCAUUAAAGAAUGGUCUAACUGAAGAACAAUUUAAUCAGUGGGUAAGACCAGAACAAAUGUUAGGACCAAAAUAAUUGAAUGGUAUUGAAUCAACAACGGUUAAAAAAAUCAAGUGAUAUAAAAGAAAUUAUAACGAGUGAUUAUAACAAUAAAAAACUUUUAAUUAUAACA